AUGGUUAGUUAUUCUUCUUCCGACGGUAAUGGCCAGGCUGGUCCCUCGGAGCUGCCCCUUGCCAAACUGCAUGUCGUGGCUUCACUUUACCACGUCGCACGCGACUCUUUGGGGCAACGAGCACCAGCUGCCAACACUGGAUCUUCCCCUCGACCUUCCUCGCCCGUUAACGGAGCCGGCGCUGCCGCUUCUGGCGCCAGCGUCGCGCGUCCCUCCUCGCCCACUCCCCCCGGCGGUCCCAGAACCGCCAUCCGUCGCCGCGCGGCUGCCGACCAGAAGGAAAAGAUUGCGAAUGCGCGGCCGAACAGCACGAGAGCUGCCGGUGCUGGCGGUAGCAGCAGCACCAUGCUGAGACUCUACACCGAUGAGUCUCCCGGUCUCAAGGUCGACCCCGUCGUUGUUCUCGUUCUUUCCCUUGUUUUCAUUUUCAGCGUUGUCGCCCUUCACAUCAUUGCCAAGCUCACCCGCAAGUUCUCCUCUUAA